UACCCGAAAACAUCUUCCUUCCAUUGACUAAUUUAACGCGUCUCGAUUUAUCUUAUAACAAUUUAACUAAAAUUAUGGGUGAACGUCCUUUUGGCAGCAGCAAGCAUCUAAAUUAUCUCCGUUUAAAGAAUGUCGGUUUGACAGAAUGGCCGGUGAUAAAUUGGUCAGAAUAUAACUUGACUGAAGUCGAUUUCUCAAAUAAUCGUUUCCAAACAGUCAAAUUGCCAAUUUACACACCAAAUCCUAUGCAAAUGGAUUUGUCUAAUUGUAAAAUCAGAACAAUUUACAUCGAUGACAGGCAAUAUGGAUUUCAAAUGCCUAGUUAUGAUUUAAGUAAUAAUGAAAUUACUUGCGAUCACGAACUGCAGCAAUUCGUUUCCGUCUUUAAGUCAAAUAUGGAAGUGGCAAAGAGAAUGUUUCCAAAUAUAGAGAAGACGAAAUGUUUCGGAGAAGAAAGAAAUUUGCUGGAUAAUACAUCUCUCGUAGUCAUAGGAAAUUAUUGUCCGAUGAAUUGCGAUUGUUCUGCACAAGAUAAUCACGUGAUGGUCAAUUGUUCCGGAAAGGGAAUCGACCGAAUUCCCAAAGUUCUCGUCCCGAAUGCCACGAUUGUCGAUUUGAGUAAUAAUCAUAUAAAAGAUUUGUCAGAUGGCGAUUGUGUGACGUGGAAAAACGUCUCUCAUCUGCGUCUGAGUAAUAAUUCAAUAAGUAACAUUUCGGAUUAUGUUAUUUUGCCAAACCUCAAAUACCUGACGUUAGACGGAAACCAGCUAACCCAAUUACCUUCCGUACUAAUAAACCUGAUCGACGUUUCUACGGAAUUUACACUAUACUUAUCUAGCAACACUUGGAAUUGCGAUUGUCAUUCGCAAUUUACUGGGGCGAUUAUUUCUUGUCAAGACUUUUGUAAACAUUGGGAAAAUGUUUCUUGUCCGUCGUGGGCAAACAGUUGUCACGAAUCGAAGCACCUUCCCUCUGUUCAAAUAUUUAAUCAAUCCUUAUUCAUCGAGUGCGGCGAGGAACGGAUCGACUCCCGUUUGAUGCGAUGUUUGGAUGUUAAAAAUGUACAAAGGAUACAAUUUAUGGAUUGUUAUACGUCUGGGAUUGAUUUUGGAAUGUUCACUUUCCGGUACGAAAUCGAACACGUCAAAAUACGGUUCCCAUUCGUGAAGAAAAGAAAUUUCGAGAGCGCCUCGUUUAAUAACAUGUCCUCUCUGCGAUCUGUCGAAAUACGAGACGUAAAGACGUCGGAAAUUCUAAAUUUAACAUUUCGCAAUGUUCCGUCGCUGACUUCAUUGACAAUCGAAUACUAUAACUUCUCCUUAUUUCCCAACAAACCUUUCCGAGAGUUAAUUAAUCUUUCCGAAUUAUACAUCAGGCAUGGCAAGUUAAGAGUUUUACCCGAAGAUCUAUUUUAUAACCUUUACAAUUUAACAAAACUGGACUUAAGUAGCAACAAAAUUCAAUCGAUUCAUCCACUCGUCUUUAGAAAUCUCACUCGAUUGGAAGAUUUGGAUUUGUCAUUAAAUCGGAUACAGAAUUUACCAGGUGAGACGUUAAAAGGUCUUUUUAAUUUAAGGACAUUUCAUAUUUAUAUAAAUCAUGGAUUAUCACAAAUUCCGUCCGGAUUUUUUAAAGAACUGCACAACUUGACUGAAAUUAAUGCGCAUUAUUGUUCUAUUUAUUCGCUGGAAGAAGAUGUAUUUUCUGACUUGAUUAAUUUGAAAUACGUCGAUUUAGAUCUUAACAAUAUUGAACAGCUCCCGCCAAAUCUUCUGAGAAAUAAUAAACUCUUGACACAGUUUUCCUGUUCGUUUAAUAAAAUAUCUACACUUCCGGCAAAAAUUUUUCACGGACUUUCCGAACUUCGAUCGUUGAACUUACGAACAAACAGGUUAGAAAAUCUUCCCGAAGAUGUUUUUCUGAAUUUGUCGUCAUUGCGGACUCUCAAAUUAUCAUCAAAUCGCCUGACAUUUCUACACGAAAACAUCUUUCUCCCAUUGACUAAUUUAACGCAUCUUGAUCUAUCUAACAACAAUUUAACGAACACUAUUGGUAAGCGACCUUUUGGCAGCUGCAAGCAUCUGCGUACUCUCCGUUUAAAGAAUGUCGGUUUGACACAAUGGCCGGUGAUAAAUUGGACAGAAUACAACUUGACUUACGUCGAUUUCUCAAAUAAUCGUUUCGAAACCGUCAAAUUGCCAAUUUACACACCAAAUCGCGUGAAAAUUGAUCUGUCUAAUUGUAAAAUCAGAACAAUUUACAUGGAUGAGUGGAAAUAUGGAUUUCAAAUGCCGUCUUAUUAUUUAAGUAAUAACGAAAUUACUUGCGACCACCAACUGCAACAGUUCGUUUUUGCCCUUAAGUCAAAUACAGAAGUGGCAAAACGAAUAUUUCCAAAUAUAAAGGACACGAAAUGUUUCGGAGAAGCAAGAAAUUUGCUGGAUAAUACAUCUUUUGUAAUUAUAGGAAAUUAUUGUCCAAUAGAUUGUCAAUGUUUCGUAGAACUUAAUCACGUGGUGGUGAAUUGUUCCGGAAAGGAAAUCGACGGAAUUCCCGAAGUUCUCCUCCCCAAUGCGACGAUUGUCGAUUUGAAGUUGUGGGGAAACCGGUUAGAAAAUCUUCCGGAAGAUGUUUUUCUGAAUUUGUCGUCAUUGCAGAUUCUUCAGUUAUCAAUAAAUCGCCUGACAUUUUUACCCGAAAACAUCUUCCUUCCAUUGACUAAUUUAACGCGUCUCGAUUUAUCUUAUAACAAUUUAACUAAAAUUAUGGGUGAACGUCCUUUUGGCAGCAGCAAGCAUCUAAAUUAUCUCCGUUUAAAGAAUGUCGGUUUGACAGAAUGGCCGGUGAUAAAUUGGUCAGAAUAUAACUUGACUGAAGUCGAUUUCUCAAAUAAUCGUUUCCAAACAGUCAAAUUGCCAAUUUACACACCAAAUCCUAUGCAAAUGGAUUUGUCUAAUUGUAAAAUCAGAACAAUUUACAUCGAUGACAGGCAAUAUGGAUUUCAAAUGCCUAGUUAUGAUUUAAGUAAUAAUGAAAUUACUUGCGAUCACGAACUGCAGCAAUUCGUUUCCGUCUUUAAGUCAAAUAUGGAAGUGGCAAAGAGAAUGUUUCCAAAUAUAGAGAAGACGAAAUGUUUCGGAGAAGAAAGAAAUUUGCUGGAUAAUACAUCUCUCGUAGUCAUAGGAAAUUAUUGUCCGAUGAAUUGCGAUUGUUCUGCACAAGAUAAUCACGUGAUGGUCAAUUGUUCCGGAAAGGGAAUCGACCGAAUUCCCAAAGUUCUCGUCCCGAAUGCCACGAUUGUCGAUUUGAGUAAUAAUCAUAUAAAAGAUUUGUCAGAUGGCGAUUGUGUGACGUGGAAAAACGUCUCUCAUCUGCGUCUGAGUAAUAAUUCAAUAAGUAACAUUUCGGAUUAUGUUAUUUUGCCAAACCUCAAAUACCUGACGUUAGACGGAAACCAGCUAACCCAAUUACCUUCCGUACUAAUAAACCUGAUCGACGUUUCUACGGAAUUUACACUAUACUUAUCUAGCAACACUUGGAAUUGCGAUUGUCAUUCGCAAUUUACUGGGGAAAUAUGACGUAUGUAGUGUUUAAUUUCCUCGUUUAUUUCC